CUACCGGCCUCUUCCAAAACCCAGACCAUGCUGCUCCGGAUCCGCUCGCCCGCGGGGACUGCCCGCCUCACUGUGCAGCCCGAGACGACGGGGGAGGACUUUGCGGAGGCGAUCCUCAACACGAUCCCCGCCGCAGACCCCCAGCCAGACCCCGCCACGCUCGCACUCAGCAACCAGCCGGGCGCCGCGGGGGAGUCCGUCCCCUUCCACGCCCUCAGCGGCCGCACAGUCGGCGACAUGGGUUUCAGCCAUGGGGAUCUCCUGUUCCUCUCGUACAAGCCACGUGCUGCCGACCCCGACUCGCACCCGGCCAUGCAGGCCACAGCGCCGCACCCCCAGCCCGCGCAGCCGGACCCCUCCCACCCAAAGACACACACCGAUCCGCCCAUGCCAAACACCAUCCCGCUCAGAGACCUGUCUUCCGUGCAAGAGCCCGAGAUUGAUCAGUACUGGGAGAAGCAGACGGGCAAGAUUGAGCGGAAGAGGGAUCCUGCAUUCUGUAGGCACGGCGACAAGGCCAUGUGUGAUUACUGCAUGCCGCUAGAGCCGUACGACCCCAAGUUCCAGUCUGAGCAUCAGAUCAAGCACCUGUCCUACCAUGCAUAUCUUCGCAAGCUCCUCUCCUCCCGUCCACCCACCGCUUCAUCAGCUACCGAUCUUCCUCCGCUCUCGCCCACAUCUCUAUCCGUCAUCACACCUUGCCCUACAGGGGCGCACCCUUCAUUUCCCGACGGUAUCUGCUCCACAUGCCAGCCUUCUGCGGUAACCCUCCAAUCCCAGCCGUUCAGAAUGGUCGACCACAUUGAAUUCGCUUCGCCGUCCAUCAUCGAAGGCCUCCUCUCCGCAUGGCGUCGUACAGGGACCCAACGGAUCGCUUUCCUCAUCGGACGAGAAGACAAAUAUGAAAAGGUCCCAAUGGGCAUCAAGGUCAUCGUCGAAGCUGUGUGGGAGCCAAAGCAGGAAGGCGAACUCGAUGGACUGACUGUCGAAACCCCAUGGAGCGACGAAUCUAGGGUUCAGGAGAUUGCGAAAUGGUGUGAUAAAGGCUUGAGCGUCGUAGGCAUGAUUUACACUGAUCUCACUCCCUCCCCCGACGACAUUACUAAAACACUUUACAAACGCCACGCCCAGUCGUACACUGCCUCCUCGCUGGAAAUGCUCCUUUCCGCCGCUUAUCAGCUCUCCCAUCCACUUUCUACCAGAAUGUCUCCCACCGGUCAUUAUUCCUCUCGUUUCGUCACCUGCUGUUUGACGGGUGAUAAGGACGGAGGUGUCGACAUCUUGGCAUGGCAGGCAAGUGAGCAUGCCGAAGCCAUGGUGAAGGCUGGAAUCGUUGAGGCCAGUGUAGACCCCGCGGUUGUGAGAGUCAGGAAGCCAGGAGAAGGAGAGUAUGUCCCGGAAGUGUUUUACAGCUAUAAGAAUGAGUAUGGGCUACAGGUCAAGAUGCCUGCAAAGCCCACUUUUCCUGUCGAGUAUCUCUACGUCAAUAUCACCCAUGGUUUCCCCCUCGCGCCAUCCCCUCUUUUCCUUUCCAACGCUUUCCCAACAGAAAACCGUCCCGGGCUGCAUGAUCAAUCCAUGCAGGUGGUUAUCACGCAACUUGCUGCGAUUCUAAAGACUAGCGAUGCCGAAAUUGGGGAUGCCGGCACAUGGCCCGGGAGGAUCAAGAAGGAUGUCGAGAAAUGGUUGAGCGAUUGGCAUCUGGUGACAUUCUUAUGCAUGCAGGGUCUGUUUUCCUUGAAGGAGCAACAGAUUCUUUGUCGAGCUGCUACUGCCCAUGCCCAUCCGAAUGAUACCCACGCAUUGGAAGAGCUUUUCGCUAGUGGUGGAUGGCAGACAUUGCUCACCAUUGUCGACUCUGAAGCUUCCGCCAAUGCUCGUUCCAACCCUCCCCCUACAUCAUCGUUCAAUAACCUCGGGAUCGAUUCUCCUGCGUUUGCCGGUCCCUCUACCGAGUCGUCUGCACCGCCAUCGGGUCCUGAUUCAGUUGGGGCAGGAGCAGGGGCAGGGGCAGGUGGUGGUAGGGAGAGGGUUUGUCCCCAUUGCACGUUUGUUAAUGAGCAUGGAGGGAGCGAUUGCGAGAUUUGUGGAUUGCCACUUGACGGUUAAGAACUAGCUCGUAAAAACUGUAUCAACUGCUUUUUAGAUCGUCUUCUUUUUUUUUUUCGUUGUCAAGGUGGUAGGGAUACAGGUUGAUUGGGCGUAGCAAGCAGACUGUAAAAAUAGACAAAAAUGCAUUACAGAAAGAAAAAGUUGG